AUGACAACUAUAGCAGCUACAACAGCAUCAGACGCAACAACGAAAACAUAUUCAACACUGCGAACAGACGAAAUCGUUUAUGGUAUAUGGAAUACAUCUGCAGGCCAAGAUAGCAUACCAUCUAUACCCGGAUGUGAAUCUGAUCCACCCCAAGCCGCGCUUGGUGGUAGCAUAAGGACAGAAUAUACUAGUCAUGGUUUUUGUACAGCAGGAUGCCCUUACUCAGACAAAUGUGGCUUAGCAACGGGUUUCUAUCUGACAUUCAAAAGUAGACCAUUCGUUUUUAAAAAAUUUCAGAUUGCGAUGAAAAAAUACUCGAAAGCUCGUGAUCCCAUGCGAAUCACAAUCGAAGGUAGCAGUGAGCAUCAAUUUAACUUAAUUCUUGGUGAAAGUUGGACUUUGAUCUAUAAUAGUAUUCCGGAUCUCAAGGUCGUUGGAAAGAGACGAACUUUUGGUGACGUCGAAUCAGUAGUUGACAACGUGUUGCCCUUCGCAAGCUAUCGUUUUCUCGUCGUUUCAAAAAGAGGCAAAGAAACGUCUGCUUCUUACUCAGAUGGAAAUGAUUGA